ACUGUCAAACGAUGAAAGGGUAGCCCCAGCUUGGUCCGUAUGACAAACUGCACAAUACUCUACGCAAUUUUAUGGAGUGAGCACGGCCCCAACCCAAGAGAUUGUUUCAGCUGCCAUUUCUCCAUCAACGCUUCCGUCUUCUCUUUCCGUGAUCGUGGUCUCUUUCCAACGAGGAGUAAAAUUUAGCUUUUCAAGGUUUGUUCUUCGUUGUGUUGUGCAGCUGGAAGUGUGUUUGUCGGUGCAUGGGUUUCUGUGUCUGUGUAAACAAUCCGGUGAUGGAGCAUUUUUCGGGAUAAUGGGGAUGUGGCUGUCCUUGCAAUUCACUCAAAAUCGUCAAUCAACUGAGUGGUAUGAGGAAACUUGUUCAAAUUUUUGAAGAGGCGGGAUCUAUCGUUGUAGUAAUAAAACCGGAGGUUUUCACAGUAGGCUGGGAUUGCCUGUGAAAGAGUGGGGAGAAGCACGAGCUAGCCAUGUGGGAUUGCCGUUUGUGAGGAACAUCAGAUUGGAAGAGCAGUUGGAUACCGAGAAUCCAAAAGAAGGAUUGAAUUCUAACGAGAAUUCAUCGAGAUAUUGAUGCGGGUGAGCUUGACAGCAUGGCACCAUCUGUGAGGAGCGAUGCAGCCUCCAAAGGCCAUGGCGUCGCUGGUUUCACAAAGAAAGCCAUAUUCGGAGCUUUUGUUUUGUGCGCUUGCAUCAUCGUCCUAUUUCAGCAUGUGCGGUAUACUCAGCUGGUUAUUGGAAUAGAGCCAGAUCAAUACUCGAAUUCAGCAGUGUUAGAUGUAGAAAACGUCAUGACUCUGUCUAAAUCGGAGAACGAUACUGAACAGGUUUUAGUGGAUCCAUCCGAUCCGUCAGACCAUCAAUCCAUGGAUUGGAUGGUGAAUUCUAAAGUUCACAACUCUGCCUCAGAAGAUAUUGAUGUUUCUAUAGCCGUCAACAAUGAGGAAGAGAUCGACAGAGAGAUUGAAGAAGAACUGGAACCUGAUUGGCAAAAUACAGAUACCAGCUUCAGUGGCUUGCCAAACCGAAGUGGGAUUGUUUCUGAAACCAAUGCGAAUUCCAAUGUCGAGGACAAUGAAGCGUCGAGUAGGGUAAGCCAACGAGAGUCAGUGGAUGAGACGGGAGAUAUGCCGCUGCCCCUUCUAAAUCAAGUCACGGAAGCAUCCAAAGCCGUCGAGCUGAGAGAGACCAGUACUACUCCUGCGUCUGACAACGACUGGAACAUCCCCAGAGCUGUCCCGAAGAAUUGGACACCGCCAAAGAAAUGCGCAACAGCGGAAGAGAUGGGAGCUGAAACAGUUGGGGAAACCAGAGCUUCAAGCCUGCGGGUCCGUGCCAUGAUUCGGGAAUUCAUUGCCGAGCAUGGCGCAGAACGGGUACGCAAGCUUCCAGGAGGGGAGUUUUGCCGACGUGGGUUUGUGCUAGGGCAAGCGUUGGAAGAUGGAUUCGGCAACAAUAUGUACAAGGUGCUUACAGCAGCUGGACUCGCUGUUAUGCUCAACCGGUCUUUGAUCAUAGCCGAGCGCGGAGGCACCAACCCAACUUACGUGGUGCGACCCAAACAGAGGCCGAGACCCGCUUUUGGAGCUUAUUUGGAAUUUUCAAACCAGACAUUCACAGUGAGAGAGGUGCGGCGUCUGUGGGCAGUACACGAUUGUGCAGGGAAAUACAACCGCCAUCUCAUCUUACAGACUGAUUCUCUGGAGAAGGGCUUCAGGCGCACGAGGUGCAUUUGCGAUGAUUGGACCUCUCUCACGGUUCCGAUCUUCCAAUUCAAAGGUACAAGUGGCCCAGGGGCGAUACAAUUGCUUUUGAAAAGCAGCCAUCCCGUCAUGCGCGCGGCGGCUGCUAAGCUCUUGGGAAACCCUGCUAUCCCGAACUCCCGCCCCAAUACUUUUGGAGAACUGUUUCGAGCUUUUAUAGCGCCGAAUGCUGAUAUUGAAGAAGCUGUGCAGUGGGCGUUGAAGGGAGGGCCGGAUCCUGACAUUACAGUUCACCUCCGAAUGCUGCACAGCAAAUCUCGGCUGGGAACAGCAGCUGCAUCUACUUGCAUCACUAGCAUUCGGCAGAAAAUCUCCUCGGAGCUGCUCAGCAGCAGGGGACGACGCCCAAGGGUAGUGGUGGUGACGGACACCCCUUCCAUCAUCCCUGCGCUGCGAGAAUCCUUAGGACAGACAGUGGAUGUUGUCCGAUUCAAUUACAUGGCAUACGCGAAAGAAAUCGCGAAUCGAAGCAAGGCGUUCAGCCUCAACAGUGGUCUCCCCGCGCGCAAACGGAUCCGAGACUGGGGCGAGAUGCCGCGCUGGGUGGCCAUGGUGGAUUUCUUCCUCGCCGCUCGUGCUCGCACCGCGGUCGUAUCCGGCGCAUACCGCCGCGUGAGCACGACAUACGCUCAGCUCGCGGCAGCCCUUGCAAAUGCUUACACCCUCAACGAAUUAGACACCUCUCGCCCGGUCUGUGCCUACUACAGCAGCCUGCAAGCCCCACUUUUAGCUUCUGGAUUGGCAAGUCAGUCCGGGUGGGGCCACACUUGGCGUCCGUUUGGUGGGAAGCUCGGAUGCAGGAACCAGGAAAGGCAGUGUGCCCGAACGGCUCUGUUGCCAUACACCUGGUGGGACGCUCCAUGGCAGUCACCAGUAAGUAGCGACAUCCGAAAACUUCAAGGGUUAGCAGGCAUCGAUGACAACGGACAGGUUUCGGAGAGCACCAUGGACAAGUUUUGUGCAGCAGCGAGACGAAAGCCUCUACUGAAAGUGAAACUGCAGAUUCCUAGCUACGAGCAAGCCAUCGCGGAAACCUGAAUCCCAAUUCUCGGUUUCAGCCAACAACGUCUUUGAACUGCCAUCUCUGAGCCCCACCAGUGCGAUUGUUUCGACAUGGUCGCCGAGGUCUGGAAUCCGCAAAGCUGAGUUCUGCUCCUUGUCAUGGCUGUGUAUCCUGCGUGCAGAUCUUCCAGACGACUCAUGGCAAUUGGGUAUUACUCACUGGCAAGCAGAAGACGAUCUGAAGCUCAGUGAAUAAACAAACCUCCUGUUUGUUUCGGAACAUGCACGCCUUAGUGUCAGAAUUUGUGGCAAAAGUUGCGGUGUCUGAUUGAGGAGCACAUUCCAGGAUCUCCACCUCGAUGACACUAGAAACCAAAGUCGGAGCACUCACUCAGCACCAACUCUGGAAGAAGUGAUAUACCACAAUUUGCUAGUGCGAAGAGCCUGUCAGCGGACCGUUCAAAAGCAGAAUUCAAGUGCUCCAGUCAUUGCAUUUAUUUAAAACUUGCUGGUCCUUGGGCUCGCGGCCACCGUGUUUUGGAGUUACUUCAGAUCACAUUUUUGUCUGUUGGUUGAUGGGGACCCCACAGCAAGAGAGAUGUUAUGUCGAACUUGGUGUCAAUUGGUGUUCGGUGUCAACUCUCUCAGUUGCUGCUUCCACUGGCUCUGGGAGGUUCCAACUUCCACUCAAAAUGGGUUGGAAUUAUAAGAGCGAUGGUGGUUUCCAGUUACCUUGAGAGUGUUCAGCUGCUCUUGAGAGUGGCAAGGAGAGGGAAUCACUGAUAAUAAAUUAUCUUCUUCAGUUUACCUUA